AGGACCGCCGCCCGGGUUGUGGCGCCUCGGCUGCGCCUGCGCCGCUCUUCAUCACCCGCCGCCUUCCCCAUGGCUACCGUGGAGACGCCGCCGGUGGCGACGGCAGCUGCGGCGGCGGCCUCGGCCUCUCGCAAGCGGCGGCCGCCCAAAGGGCAGUACGUGCAGGCGGCCAAGAGGCCCCGGCCGGCCGGGCGGCGCCAGCUGGAGGCCGGCAUGUGCGGCAUCCUCAUCACCUGCAACAUGAACGAGCGCAAGUGCGUGGCCGAAGCCUACAGCCUGCUGGGCGAGUACGGAGAGCAGCUGUACGGGCCCGAGCAGUUUGCAGAGCAAACCGAGGACAGACUCUCUGGGAAUGAGGAGGAGCAAGAGGAGGAGGAGGAGGAAGAUGAUGCCGAAGCAGCUUUGAAAAAAGAAGUGGCUCAGAUCCGUACCGCCACGGAACAGAAGCAACGUCGGUUCCAGUCGGUGGAAAGUGGUGCUAACAACGUGGUUUUUAUUCGAACGCUGGGUGUCGAACCUGAGAAGUUGGUCCACCACAUUCUAAAGGACAUGCAUGCCACCAAAAAGAAGAAAACCCGAGUCAUCCUGCGCAUGCUGCCCGUAUCGGGUACCUGCAAAGCCUUCCUUGAAGACAUGAAGCAGUAUGCAGAGAUCUUUUUCGAGCCCUGGUUCAAAAGCCCCAAAAAGGGCACUUUCCAGAUUGUUUACAAGGCGCGAAAUAACAGCCACCUCAGCAGGGAAGAAGUCAUAAAAGAGCUGGCAGGCGUGGUGGGCCACCUCAACCCAGAAAAUAAGGUCGACCUGAGCCACCCUGAGUACACCAUUGUGGUGGAGAUCAUCAAGAACAUCUGCUGCUUGAGUGUGGUUCAGGACUACAUUCUCUUCCGGAAGUACAACCUCCAGGAAGUGGUGAAGAGCAAAGCUGAGGGGCAGCCAGAGGCUCCCAAACCAUCCCACGAGAACGACGCCCCCGGAGCGGAAACACCGGAAGCACAGAGGGAAAACCGAAACGAGCGCCAGGACAAGACCGAGACUGCCUCCAACGACAAUCAUGAGGACUAGGACCAUGAAUGGAAGAGCCGAGAAGCAGAAAAAAAAAAGGGAAAAAAAUCUGCAGGAUGGGUGGAGGGUUGUUAAAUCAGGGGGUUGAUGUUUGCUCUCUAGGUCAGGGCUCUUCAACCUUGGCAGCUUUUAAGACUUGUCUGAACUUCACCUCCCAGAAUUCCUCAGCUUUGCUGGCUGAGGAAUUCUGGGAGUUGGAAGUCCACAAGUCUUAAAAGCUGCCAAGAUUGGAGACCCCUCUGCUCUAGGUGAUGUGGCUAAAGUGCAGUCUGUCUCAGACCAUCCCGCCCCACCAUUCCUGUCUUGUAGUUAUUCUGAAUUUGAGGGAGGGGAGGAGUGUUCCCAACUGAACAAGCCAUGAUUUUCACAACCUGUAAUUCAGGGGUGUCCGCCCUCAGCAACUUUUAAGGCCUGUGGACUUCCAGAAUUCCCCAGUCAGCUAUUCUGGGAGUUGAAAUCCAUAGGUUUUAAUGCUGUCAAGUGUGGUCACCCUUGCCCCGAAGGUUUAGUGUUACAUACAAAACCGAUAAUUGUGGCUGGAUCAAACUCUGGCUAGCCUUUUCCUGACCCAGAGCCAUUUAUGGGUCCUAUUCUUAGGAUUAAAAGGUACUGCGCUGAUCAGCCAAAUGCGUUUCUGCUGUUUCCCUCUAACCUCCAAUCCGGAUGGAGUGCUGACCCCACUUUCUGGCUUUUUAAAGUUAACAUUGCAAAAAUGCAGCCAGGAUGGGGAGGUGGGUUUGGGAGAGAGGAAUUGUUCCUAAACAAUUGCCUGAGGUUGGAAGUAGAAGUAGCUAAAGUUGGCUUAUUAAAGGUUUUAAAGGUUUUAAAAUUAUCCCUUUCUAUUCUGAUUAUCAUGACCAAAAAACAAAAAAAAAAAAAAAAACAAACCCCAAACCCCUCCCAGAUUUUCUUAUUCAGGAGUAGGGGGGUCAACAAAGACUACCUAUUCCCUUAAAGUUUUUUUUUUUUUUUGCAAGGUGGUUUUUAACUCUUCAUCCUCAACAAUUUGUGUUUCCAAAUCGUAGAUUUUUUCCCCCCAAGUAAAUUAUGGCAGCUGUUUCCUGCCAGAUUUUCCUGUAAUCACGGUCUAGUUACCAAGCCAGCAUCUUGAUGCGAAGUCUAGCGUGACUUGAGAACAAACACGAUCAUUUCCUCUUCGGCUGGCAUCUCUGUGGAUCUCGUAUUCUGA